GUGAGGUUUUCAGGCGUCUGUACAUAACAUCCACUUUACUCUCAUAUAAUUAUUGUCGAUGACACUAUUCUAGGACCUCUAUUGAAUAUAACCAUACAGUAUGUGAAAAUUUGCAUAGGUGUUUUUUCAGUUAGAUGAAAAACUUAAAAAUCUCAAGACUGACUCAAAGUUCCUGAAAGGGCCCCGGACUUCCGAGUGUUAAGAGAGACUCUCCCACUGCUGCUAGGAUGAGUGACUCUCAGGAGAGAGAGGAGGCUGCAGGUCACAGUGAGACACUCAGACCAGAGUCUGCAGCACACAGCUGUGUGCAACAAAGCAGCAAAGCAACACACUCUGAUGGAGGCCCACAGACACACAGACCUCCAUCUCCAGUGCCCAGCUGUGUGUCCAUGAGGAGUGAUCAGUCCAUGGAUGAUAUGCCCACCUUCAGCAGUGAACCAGUUCCACCAGGUCUAAACCCACAGACAGACAGACCUCCUUCUCCAGUGCCCAGCUGUGUGUCCAUGAAGAGUGAUCAGUCCAUGGAUGAUAUGCCCCUCUUCAGCAGGGAACCAGUUCCACCAGGUCUAAAGUCAAGGGCUGAUCUGACCCAGGAUCAGUCCAGGUGUGGAGUGUGUGAGCAGGUCCUGAGGGACCCAGUCAUCACCACCUGUGGACACAGUUUCUGCAGGCAGUGCAUCAGCAGCUACUGGGAGCAGCCUGGACUACCAGGAGACCAAGCCUGUCCCCAGUGUGGAAAGACCUGCAGAACCCAACCUCCUCUACAGCCUCCUCUGGAUGAACACACAGAUAUGAGCACACAGGGUGAACACACUGGCUUGAUCAACAGCAGGAGACACCUGCACACUGAACAUACACCAGGCAGAAAGAGGGAACUAGAUGAGGCCCUGAGGAGAGUUAUAAAGAAUCACAAAGCCAGUCUGAAUAGGAGGUUUGAGAACAUAUCUGAAGGCAUCAUCAAACCAGGAGCUGAGAUACUCCUCAAUAAGAUCUACACAGAGCUCUACAUAACAGAGGGAGAGAGUGAAGGGGUGAAUAAGGAGCAUGAGGUUUGGCAGCUAGAGUCAGUGUCCAGAUCUCAAUCCACAGAAGACACACCAAUCAACUGCAACGACAUCUUCAAGCCCUUACUUGGACAGGAGAAUUGGAUCAGAACUGUGAUGACCAAAGGUGUUGCUGGAAUUGGAAAAACUGUCUCAGUUCAGAAAUUCAUUCUUGAUUGGGCAGAUGGGGUAGCCAAUCAGGAUAUAGAUUUUAUGUUUCCCCUUUCUUUCCGUGAGCUUAAUUUAGUCAGGGGUGAUCAGUACAGUCUUCACAGGCUCCUGCUCGACUUCAAUCCUAAACUGAAGGAGCUGAAUGACAGUGAUGGAUAUAAAGACUGUCAGGUUCUGUUCAUCUUUGAUGGUUUGGAUGAGAGUCGGUUGACUCUCAACCUGGAACAGAACAGUAAGUUGUCUGAUGUGAAACAAACAUCAUCAGUGGAUGUUCUGAUGACAAGCCUCAUUCAGGGAACUCUGCUUCCCUCUGCACUUAUCUGGAUAACCUCAAGACCAGCUGCAGUCAGUCAGAUUCCUACUCAGUUCAUCGACCAGGUAACAGAAGUACGAGGAUUCAAUGACACACAGAAGGAAGAAUACUUCAGGAAGAGAAUCGGUGAUGAGAGUCUGGCCAACAGAAUCACUUCACACAUUCAAACAUCCAGGAGUCUCCAUAUUAUGUGCCACAUUCCAGUCUUCUGUUGGAUUGCAGCUACUGUGCUUCAGCAGAUGCUGGAAAAGAAAAACAUCAAAGACAUUCCCAAAACGCUGACUGAGAUGUUCAUACACUUCUUGCUCAUCCAAACCACAAGAAAGGAUCAGAAGUAUAAGAGUGGACCUGAAACAGAUACAAAGAAACUUCUGGAAUCUCAGAGAAACAUUUUACUGAAGCUGGCAGAACUGGCUUUCAAGAAUCUAGAGAAUGGCAACCUCAUGUUUUAUGACGAAGACCUGAGAGAGUGUGGCAUUGAUGUCAAUGAAGCCUCAGUGUACUCUGGUAUGUGCACUGAGAUCUUCAAGACAGAACCUGUGGAAUCUCAAAAGAAGAAGGUCUACUGCUUUGUGCAUCUUAGUGUCCAGGAGUUUCUGGCAGCUGUGUUUGUGUUUCACUCGUAUUUGGCUAAGGACCUUGAAGCUCUGAAAUCCCUCAUCACUGAUGAGCGUAAAGAUGAACUCAAUCCAUCAGUUUUAUCUUCUCUUCAAUCAGCACUAGGGUUUGAAGACAAUUUACAUGUUUUACUUAAGAGUGCAGUUGAUAAGGCUUUGGAGAGCCAGAACGGACACCUGGAUCUCUUCCUUCGCUUUCUCAUGGGCAUUUCUUUGGAGAGUAAUCAUAGACUCCUGCAAGGUCUACUGAACCGCACACACAACAGCUCAAAUAGCAUCAAGAAAAUAUGUGAGUACAUGAAGAAGCUGAACAGAGAAGGUCUCUCUCCUGAACGAUGCAUCAAUCUUUUCCACUGCUUAUUUGAAAUGAAUGAUGAUUCCAUGCACAAAGAAAUUCAGACAUACUUGUCAUCACCAAAGAACAUCAAACAGAAGUUAUCUCCUGCCCACUGUUCAGCACUGGCCCACAUGCUUCUGAUGUCUGAGGAUGUGCUGGAUGAGAUUGACCUGAAGAAAUAUAACACAUCAGAUGAGGGACGCAGGAGACUGAUCCCAGCUGUGAGGUGCUGCAGAAAGGCAAAACUUGCUGAAUGCAAACUCUCAGAGAAGUCCUGUGGAAUUGUGGCUAAUGUUCUACAGUCACCAAACUCCCUGAUAGAGCUGGACCUGAGUCAGAAUGACCUGGGAGAUUCUGGAGUUCAGCUUCUCUCUAAGGGACUGUCUAGUCCCCACUGCAAACUGCAGACCUUAAGGCUCAGUAAGUGUGGCAUCUCAGAUGAAGGUUAUGUUUGUCUGGCUCUGGCUCUGAUGUUAAACCCCUCCUGUGUAAAUGAACUGGAUGUGAGCAACAAUCAUCCUGGAGAAUCAGCACAGAAACUGUUAUCUGCUACACUAGAGGAUCCUCACCGUAAAGUUGAAGCACUUAAAUUUGCUGACUGUAAACUCACAAAUAAAUCCUGUGAGAUUGUUGCUUCAGUUCUUCAAUCACCAAACUCCCUGCUUCAGCUGGACUUGAGUCACAAUGAUCUGGGGGAUUCUGGAGUUCAGCUUCUCUCCAAAGGACUGUCCAGUUUUAACUGCAAAAUACACACAUUGAGGCUCUCUGAUUGUCUCAUCUCAGAGAAGGGUUGUGGUUUUCUGGCUUCAGCUCUGACUUCAAACCCCUCCCAUCUAAGAGAGCUGGAUCUGAGCUACAAUUGUCUUGGAGAAUCAGGACUGAAGCUGUUAUCUGCUAGACUGGAGGAUCCUGUUUGUAAACUGGAGUUACUUAAAACUGACCCCGCUUUACAACAUGCUUUAGACAGAGCACGACCAGGUUUGCUGAGAUAUGCCUGUGAUCUCACACUGGACCCAAACACAGCACACAGAGAACUCUCUCUCUCUAAGGGGAACAGAAAGCUGACACAUGUGAAUAAGCAGCAGCCGUAUCCUGAACACCCAGAGAGAUUUGACUACUGGCCUCAGGUGUUGUGUAGAGAGGGUCUGACUGGACGCUGCUACUGGGAGGCUGAGUGGAGUGGAGAUUAUGGAGGAGGAGCUUAUAUAUCUGUGGCCUAUAAAAGCACCAAGAGGAAAGGGAAGAGUGAUGACGUCACAAUGGGAUGGAAUGCCAAGUCCUGGAGUCUGAUCUGCUCUCCUGACAGUUACUCUGUCUGGCACAAUAAGGAACACACUGGCAUACCUGCCCCCUCCUCCGGCUCCAGAAGAGUAGGAGUGCACCUGGACUGGCCGGCCGGCACUCUGUCCUUCUACAGAGUCUCCUCUGAUACACUCACCCACCUGCACACGUUCCACUCCACAUUCAAUGAGCCCCUCUGUCCAGGGUUUAGGGUUUUUUCUGGCUCCUCAGUGUCCCUGUGCCAGAUCACAUGAGCUCCUCCUCCAGCAGGUACAUCCACAUCUCACCCUUUCUCUCUACCCUCAGUGUCUUUCCCCCUCUCCUCUCUUUCUCUCUCUCUCCCUCUCUCUUUCUCUCUCUCUCUUUCCCCUCCCUCAGUCUCUACUUCCCCUCCCUUCUCUCUCUCAUUCCCCUCCCUUUCUCUCUACCUCUCUGUCCUCUCUCUACUCCCUCUUUUUCUCCCUUUCUCCUCUUCGUCUCUUUCUGAUCCUUCAUUCUUUCUCUGUCUCUUCUCCCCGUCCUACUCCUCCUCCUCCUGUUUUCUCCCUUUUCCCUCUUCUGCUUCUCUUUGUGUGUGUGUGUGUGUGUGUGUGUGUGUGUGUGUGUGGUUUGUAUGAAACUGCCAAAAUUCAAACUUAAAUUCAUCAACACAAGACACUGCGCAACAUUCCGCAGUAACCACGUAACCGUAGCAACAUCCAUUGUGAUGUAAGCAGCUGGUGCUUGAUCUGUGGCCCUGGCAGUUGAGCAUGCUGCAGGAACACCAGAGUCACACACUCCUGUUCAUACACAUGUGUGAUGCUGAGAUGCUAUUAAGGUACUGAUAUUUUUUGGUGAUACUAAACAAAUGCUGAUAAUGUUUUCUUCAUAUUUUGCGUUUUUCCUAAAAUGAAUUGUGAAUUAUAAAAAUGUUUCAGCAACACAACCUCAUGUAUUGUUCUCCCUAAAGUUUAGUUAUUUGCUGAAUCUCUUUGAAAAUUAUUUCUAUACAGUACAGUAUGUUUUGACAGAACUAUAGAACAUGCUUGUUUUUCAAAUGUGUAAAUAAAAUGUGUUUUUGACUUUAAAAUGUAUGAAUAAAGAUUGU